AUUCAUUCAUUCAUCCAGGCUGCUGAGUCUGGACUGGCUGCUGCAGCCCCGGGCUCCUCCGCCCUGACUGCCCAGAGCCCCUUCCCACCAUUUAAUGAUACUCUGCACAUAGUGCUGUUGAAAAUUUGUGGCUAGACAUUCCUGUGGGACUGGGAAGCCAAAUUCUUGGGUACAAACCGAAACUUUCUUUCCUUGGAGAUUUUCUUCUCUCUCGCCCACAGACGCUCUCGCGUUCUUUCCCCAUUUUUUUUCUUUCUCUUCUUUUUUUUCUUUUUUUUUUUUUUUUUGUAGCAGCAGGGGGAGAAAAAAAGAAACCAAACUUUAAAAAAAAAAAGUCAACACCUCCCCUUUUUUAUUUUCGAAAGCAACUUGAAAAAAUAUAUAUAACAAAACAGCAGCCAACCAAGUGGGUCUGAACCCAACCCCCUGAGGCCGAGUCCUUGCCACUGUCAGCGUGCGACAUGGCUUCCAACAGCAUCUUUGACUCCUUCCCCAACUAUACACCAACCUUCAUACGAGACCCGAGCACCAGCCGCCGCUUCACUCCCCCCUCCACGGCCUUCCCCUGCGGCGGCGGCGGCGGCGGCAAGAUGGGCGAGAACAGCGGCGCGCUAAGCGCGCAGGCAACCGCGGGCCCCGGCGGCCGCACCCGGCCCGAAGUGCGCUCGAUGGUGGACGUGCUGGCCGACCACGCGGGAGAGCUCGUGCGCACCGACAGCCCCAACUUCCUCUGCUCCGUGCUGCCCUCGCACUGGCGCUGCAACAAGACGCUGCCGGUCGCCUUCAAGGUGGUGGCCCUGGGGGAUGUGCCGGAUGGAACGGUGGUGACCGUGAUGGCCGGCAAUGAUGAGAACUACUCCGCCGAGCUGCGCAACGCUUCCGCUGUCAUGAAGAACCAAGUGGCCAGGUUCAACGACCUUCGAUUCGUGGGCCGCAGUGGGCGAGGGAAGAGUUUCACGCUCACAAUCACCGUGUUCACCAACCCUACCCAAGUGGCUACCUACCACCGAGCCAUCAAGGUCACUGUGGAUGGACCCCGGGAACCCCGACGGCACCGGCAGAAGAUAGAAGACCAGACCAAGGCCUUCCCCGACCGCUUUGGAGACCUGCGCAUGCGUGUAACACCAAGCACACCCAGCCCCCGUGGCUCUCUCAGCACCACGAGCCACUUCAGCAGCCAGGCCCAGACCCCAAUCCAAGGCUCCUCAGACCUGAACCCCUUCUCCGACCCCCGCCAGUUUGACCGCUCCUUCCCUACGCUGCAGAGCCUCACAGAGAGCCGCUUCCCGGACCCCAGGAUGCACUACCCGGGAGCCAUGUCUGCCGCCUUCCCCUACAGCGCCACACCAUCGGGCACCAGCCUGGGCAGCCUGAGCGUGGCGGGCAUGCCGGCCAGCAGCCGCUUCCACCACACCUACCUCCCUCCGCCCUACCCCGGGGCCCCACAGAGCCAGAGCGGGCCCUUUCAGGCCAACCCCGCGCCCUACCACCUCUUUUACGGCGCCUCCUCCGGCUCCUACCAGUUCUCCAUGGCAGCCGCGGGAGGUGGUGAGCGCUCGCCCACCCGCAUGCUGACCUCCUGCCCCAGCGGCGCUUCGGUGUCAGCAGGCAACCUCAUGAACCCCAGCCUGGGCCAGGCUGAUGGCGUGGAAGCCGACGGCAGCCACAGCAACUCGCCCACGGCCCUGAGCACGCCGGGCCGCAUGGACGAGGCCGUGUGGCGGCCCUACUAAGCACCCUGGAGACUCUCGGGCCAGCCGAAUCCUUCCCUCCAGCCCGAGACUACAAGAAGAAACAGACUUUGGCCUGGUCCCAGGGGCCAGAGCUGGCAGUGGCUCCCAGAGCUCUGUCCAGCCACAAGUUUGAGCAGAGGAUGUGGGGACCUCCCACAGGACACUGCUCCAACCCAAAUCAAUGUCCUCUCUAGCUGUGCAUCCCAAACCCACCUCUUGUCUCCAGCCAUGCCCAGGAUCAAUUCUAGAAUCAGAGGCUACCCCUGCCUGUGUGGGGAGGGCCUUUGCUGGCAAGAGAAGCUCAGGCUCAGAGAUGUCUGGACUUUCUCUCCCUCCCUCUCUCUCUCUCUCUCUCUCUCUCUCUCUCUCUCUCUCUCUCUCUCUCUCACACACACACACACACACACACACACACACACACACACACACUGCCCUGGGGACCAUCCAUGCCCAUCAAACCAAAGGGAAACUCAAACCCCUGGGAAGGUUUCACUCCCCUGAAGAGAGAGAGGAGCCAUAUCUCUCUUUCACAUACACACACACACACACACACACACACACACACACACACGUCCCCAACUUGACUUCCCCCUGGUCCCAGGCCAGCAGCCCCUGAUCAGUCCUAACUUACCUGAAAACACCAGGCCCCAGAGCAGACUCAUCCGGGGUGGCAGGUCCCUAAAGCAAGGAAGGCCUCACACUGUCCAGCAUACUCCAGCCUGAAUUGCCUACUGGGUUCUCAGGGGGCAGACAGGUCCUGGCCGAAAGUCUUACCAUGGGGAUCGAUAGGGUGGUUAGCCCUGCGCACUAGGUCCAGCCAAUCUGUGCUCUGGGCCUUGCCUCCCAGGCCACAGUCCUGCUCCCAACUUGUUUGUCCCUAGAAGCAGACAACUUUGAACCAAAAGCAUCUCAGUCAAGCAUCUAAAACAGGGGGCAGUCUGUGUAUACAAGAGCCCACCUCCUGCUGUGUGAUGUCAUCAGGACACCCCCACCCUCACCCCACCACCAGGGUCCUGACUUCACAUUCUUCACAGAAGGGGACAAGACCUCCAGGAGGCCCUGUGGAGUCUCUGGUGAGGUGUGCGAUGGCAGAGCAGCAUCCAAGCAGAGAUCAGAUGUCCUCUUCAGUCUGUGGGCGGGCGAUUGUCAGUGGGAUUGGUUAAAAAGCUCUUACCAGAGCUGGCUGGCCCACGGCUGGUUUUUCAAACUGAGUGAGCCCCGUAGUGAUGGCCUCUGCCUUGUGCUUGGCCUUCCCCAUUGCCUGCACCUGAAACAGCCACCCACAUACACACUCUGGUAGGUCAGGGGGUCCCCGACAAUCCUGGACAAUCCUGAGCAGAAUACCUCCUGUUACAGUGUCUCUUGUCCCACCCUUACUGGAGGAAAAAAAAAAAAAAAACUCUAUCUCUUGGAAGUAGCUGAGGUAACCUUCCAGCUCCCUGCACCCAGAGGGGGCCUUCUCACCUCUUCUCAGGAAGCAGCUACGACCCAUUGCCCUCCUACCUGCUUCGCUACUGGUCCAUGGUACAGACUGUUCCAGAUCACCAAGAAAGGUACUUUCAGGAUCCCAGUGCCUAGCACUGGGUAAGCUACCCCAGACAACUAGCCUUCCUUAUACCCAAACGCUGGUCGGUGGAAAUAGAAAGUCACCCCUCCCCCAUCGCCUCUUUCUCAUCCCUGAUUAACAGUGAAGUUUGAGUCUUGUCGUGAGUCCUACAGUGAGCACAGGCAGCUGGGGCUAAUAAAAAAAGAAGAAGAAGAAGAAAAAGGAGAGGAGAGAAAAAAAACAAAAAUGAAAGGAAAAGGGUCCUUAUUUGCAAGGCUACUUUAAAGUGCUACUUGAAAGCACAGGCUAGACAGAAAGCACAAGGAACCUAGGGGGUUGAUACAAUGUUACUGUAAUUGUGUGGGUGGGUGUCAUCCUUUGUGACAUUGUUACCCUGAGGUAUACUCCCUGCAGUGAGCUGGUCUUCCUGAAGUGGGCCUGCUUUGCACUAUAGGCUGCUUGUAUGUUUGGUUUGUUGUUUUUGUUUUUUUGUUUUUUUUAAUGCACAACUUGCUUGUACAGGUCAACUGUCCAUCUUGGGUACUAUUUAACUGUCAAACAGAGGAAUCUGUGUUUGUUACAAUAAUAUAACAGAUGCCUUGAAGGACCCGC